AUGGCAGAGGCCGAAAAGCACGAUUCCGCAACCGAUGUUGACGUCUUUGAACAGACUCCAGAACAUGACUUUCGCUACAAGACGCUCAGUUGGCAGCUCGUAUCAGCACUUAUGAUUGCAGAAAUCGUCAGCAAUGGGAUGCUAUCGCUGCCUAGUGCUCUUGCUGUGGUCGGAAUCGUACCUGCCGUCGUCUUGAUCGUCUUCUUUGGAGUUUUCGCGUUAUAUACUGCGAAGCUCUUGAUUGACUUCAAGUUAACUCACUUAAGUGUGCACAACAUGGGCGACGCAGGCUAUAUCCUGGGCGGACCGGUUGUCCGAGAGCUGCUGUCAGCUGGGACCAUCAUUUUUGCGAUUGCUGGAACAGGAUCCGAGCUGCUGUCCGGCCAACAAGCACUCUCAGCGUUAUCUAAUAACGGUCUCUGUUCGAUUUACUUGCUCUUGAUUUUUGCGGUGGCCACUCUACUCCUCGCCUUGCCUCGCACCCUCAAUCAAGUUGGCUGGCUUGGGCUCUUCAGUGCAGGCCUUAUAACUAUUUCCGGUAUCGUAGCCAUGAUCGGAGCGGGAAGCAACCCCUUGCCUGGUCGAAUGCUUAGCGCGACAAUCCCAACCAAUUUCUACCAAGCAUUUCUUGCCAUAACAAAUCCAGUCUUCGCCUACGCAGGCCAUUUUAUGUUCUUCAUUCUGAUAUCAGAAAUGAAAAGACCUGAAGAUGCUAUGAAAGCAGCUUGGGUCCUACAGACAUUCUCUACCGUCUUCUACGCCGUGUUUGCCGUCGUCAUCUAUGUCUAUAUUGGCAAUACCGUUGCCUCUCCUGCUCUUUUCUCACUUCCGGAGACUUGGUCGAAAGUGACGUUUGGUAUAGCGUUGCUUAAUUUCCUGAUAGCUGGCUCACUAUAUUCGCAUACUGCGGCUAAAAUAUUGUUUGUGCGAUGGUUUCGCCAUUCUCGCCAUUUGUACAUGCACACAGUUCUUGGAUGGGCUGUCUGGGUCACGCUUUGCUUUGCUGCCGUCGUUGUAGCGUUCAUCUUCGCUGUCUCGGUUCCGAUCUUCUCCUACCUCAUUGGAAUUGCGGCAUCUUUAUUCGCCAGUUGGUAUACCUACGGGAUUGCUGGGUUCUUCGAGCUUCACACUACAUAUACGCGCAAAGGAGGUUGGGUAGGAAUCAGACAACGUCCGAUUCACACACUACUUGCCCUUUUCACGAUUGCCGUUGGCGCAUUUGUGUGUGUAGCGGGAACAUACGUUUCUAUAAGACUUAUCAAUGACGCGUACCGCGAUGGGAUUCUCCUCAGAGAUACGACCAUGACCACCGCCUUGUACUCUGUCCCGAUAGCGUCUCGAAACUAUAGUCCAUCGUGGCGGCAGCAAGUCUCUGCGUUCCUAUUCUGCGUCUUUUUCAACCUCGGUUGUAUUACGAUACACACUACUCAACUCCUUGUCCUUAUUGUGUUCGGAUGGCCUUGGUCAAGAGGUCUUUACAAGCGUGGCAUUCGGUAUACCAAAGGCUCGUUUGGUCUCUUGCUCAUCCUCAUGUGCCAGUGGUUUGCACCAACCAAACUCCGCAUCACUUUCGAGACGAAGGGCAAGGGGAAAUUCUCUCAGGAGCAAAUAGAGGAGAUCGCCGUCAAGGAUGAAGACGGCAAUAUCGUGGCAUUGGAUUUGCCUAAGAAGUUCGUGCUCAUAUCUAAUCACCAGAUCUAUUUGGACUGGUGGUAUGCGUGGAAUCUGACCUACUUCAUCGGAAAGAACGGCAUCCAUCGUUCGGUCUAUAUAACUCUCAAAAAGAGUCUACAGUGGAUACCAGUAAUAGGGCCCGCGAUGCAGUUCUACGACUUCAUUUUCCUGGCACGUUCCUGGGUUUCUGAUAGAGCGAAGCUUUCCAAAAGUCUCUCUGCUCUCGGAAAGGCCGCUCAACAGGAAGACGACCCCUUUGUUUUCUUCAUUUAUCCCGAAGGAACCCUGGUCAGUAAAGACACGCGACCAAUCAGCAAGAAAUUUGCGGAAAAGACUGGAAUCGACGACAUGACUAACGUGUUAUUGCCUCGCUCAACUGGCUUGCAUUAUAGUCUCCGCUCACUGUCUCCUCGCAUUCGAGACUUGAAGCUCAUUGACAUCACCACUGUAUACCCAGGAAUUCCGCCUUUGCGCUAUGGACAAGACUACUAUACCCUUCGCUCAGUUUUCCUGCAUCGCAUGCCGCCGCCAGUAAUCCACAUGCAUCUACGCAUGUUCGACGUGGCCAGUGAAGUGCCCAUAGGCGAUCUAUCUCGAACAAAUUCCGCUGUUCUUCCAGACUCCAAGGCGCCAGUCGAAGUCGAAAUUCCAGACCGUGAAAAGAGCGUAUUCGAUGUGUGGCUUAGAGAGCUUUGGCAAGAGAAGGACGAGUCAAUAACUCGAUGGUUCAACACAAGCUCUUUCGACAAUUUCCACUUGGAUAUACCGCUGAGAUUGCGGACGAAGAGAGAAGUCUUGGACGCUUUCGCAUUUUUCAUACCCUCUGGUGUUCAAUAUCUCUGGACCACAAUACGGGGGCACUAA